CACAUGACUGGAAGCAAAGUGUGUCAUGUGACCCCUCUAAGAACUCCUCUCGCUGCCCUCUACCAGUCAGGAGGGGUUUCGCCCCCAUAGGCCUGCCCCAAGAGGUGAUUUGACCAAUCAGGGGUGUUCCAGGGUGGGGGGACCCAUCCAGAUGUGGCUUGUGUGACCCCUCUAAGAACUCCUCCCAAUGCUCUCUACCAAUCGCGAUGGGUUUCGGCCGCAUAGGACCACCCCCAGAGCAGAUUUGACCAAUUGGUGGUGUUCCAGGGCGGGGUGACCCACCCAGAUGAGGGUCGUGUCACCCUUCUGAGAACUCCUCCCAGCGCCCUCUGCCAAUCAGAGUGCAACACUAUCACCCCAUAAGUCCCAGCGCCGGGGCAGAAGAGGCCAUCUUUUACCAAGGAUGCGUGCUUUAGAAAUCAUGGAAACAUGGACUCCUUCACCACCCCUGUGAGCACUUUGGACUUUGUUUUAGCCCCGAGGGCCUUUGGACUUGUGUGGAGAAAGCGCUACAUCAGCGACAGUUCCCACGAGGGCUCUUUGACUCAGCCGUUGAUGGAUACACAGAAACCCGAAACCCAAACUCUCGUGAGGCAACCCAAUGAGCAUGAAGGCCUCUCAUUGUUCGCCCCACUAGAGGUGGAAGGCGAACACAGCUCGGUUGAGUCAUCGGAGGACAAGGUGAAUGGAAAAGACAUUGCUCAGCUUGAUGAUGCCUUUCUAGAGGACCCGCACGCCCUGGACAGCGUUACAUCAAGCAGCGAAGAUGAACCGGGCUCUCCUUGUUUUUGCUCAAUGCCGAUACAAAUUGUUGAAGAGGACUCCGAGGAUGACAGCUAUGAGGAGUUUAGGAGGCUUGGCACGGAACUAACUGAGCCAGUGCCACGUCGUGAGCAUAAAAAAGUCAUGCGGACUAUUGUAUGUGUUGCUGUUUAUGCUGUCCUUAAUCACUGCCUUAGGGAAAAGCUUUUUGAAGAUUGUGAGGGCUGUGUCAUAGAUGUGCCAGCCCAACGGCGCCAUGACUGUGUGACUUGGACUUCAGUAGAUAUAAACUGCAAGCUCCAGGGCCUGUGUGCUGAGCUGUAUUUGGAAAGCUUAUUAAACACUGUUCUUGCCAUAGGUUAUGCUAUGCAAUGUCUGUGCCUAACCCAAAAACAUUUAGCAUAAGGGGUGAUCUUGAUAAAUGCUGUGCAAUUUAGUGCAGACCCUGACCGUAUUUUAAAGAAAAUGACCAAACCGGAAGAUGCCUGUGUCACAUUAUUGACUUGAACUGGGACCGUAUAGAACAUGGUUGUAACCAAGGUCCUGUAGUGGCACCAAAUCUUAGGUAAAGGGGGUCAUAUAAGGGGUCUAAGACCAGGUUAUGGGUUGCU